GUGAAGUCCAGUCCAGCGUCUCUGGGAAUGGGACCACGAAUCAGAAACAAGAAAAACUUCCCUUUUGGUCGGGUGUUCCCUGUCAGAAGACAUUUCUUUAUCCAAAGGGGAUAAACUUUUAAACAAUCACAAGAAACAGGUGUAAGGGGAUCACAAAUGGGAUAAAGCAGGAGUCUUUUUUUUUGUUUUGUUUUGUUUUUUCUUAUAAAUUGGCAUGCAACCUGUAAGUUUAUUACCUACAAACAUUUUGUGUGACUUCAUUGAGUGGACUUUUGUUUGUCUUGGAGUAUUUAUGACAUGCUUUAAAGUGAACAGUGGAGAUCCUGUCGUCUACACAGGCUCUAUCUCAGAAUAAAGCAGCGGAAGUCUUUUGUCAGAAAAGGCUGUGAUUUCUAAAGGUGCGUCUCUGGGGCCCUGGUGUAUGGCGCUAAAAGGUGUCGGAGCAGCCACAGAGGUUUACUGGUUUCCAUCUGAGUUACAAUGGCAAAGUGGUUCAAGGAGUUCCCCAUCAACCUGAAAAAUGGUACCGACAGGAUCCGAUCCGCCUCUGAAUCCGGGUCACAGCAAAGACCCAGUAGAGCCGGACUGGUGGCCAGCAUCGGUACUAAAACAGUCUCCAAAACUAGAAAGAACUCAUCCUCUGACAGUCCGGCUGGAGGUGGAGGAGUCGGGUCUCUCCUAUCCGGAAGGAACCGAAAGAACUCAGCUGCGGAUCUGAGCAGGAACGGUGGAGGAUCUCCGACCAAGGAUGGGAAGGUGUGGGACAACCUGUUGUCUGCAGGGAAAAGUCGCAAAAACUCCAAAGCGGAGACGGUGUUUGAGGAGCAGCACAGACACAUGAAGAUCUCCUCCUCUGCCAAUGCUUACAUCAACAGGCUGAUCCGAGUGGACAAACAGGACAAAAACCACAACUUCAACAGCGGUACCAUCAACAACCAAGUGGUACCUGAAGCAGAAAAGCCAAGCCAGUGCAAAACAGAAACAGUGAUCAUACUUGAGGAUUAUGCAGAUCCUUUCGAUGCUCAAAAGACCAGAGAGCAGAGGGAAGCAGAGCGGGUUGGGGAGAACGACGGUUACAUGGAGCCUUACGAUGCCCAGCAGAUGAUCACUGAGAUCCGACGUCGGGGCUCUAAGGACCUGCUGAAGGUGUGUGUUCUGAUGGAGGGGGGCGAGGGAACGACGGAGGAUGUUCCGCUGGCCCCCUUACAGAUCUACGACGUCCCGUAUGAGGGAAACAGCAACAGUGACAAGACAGCUGUUACACGACCGGAGCUUGACCUUCGACCUGCGACCGAGUACGAACUACCUUGGGAGUGGAAGAAGGAGCGUAUCGUCAAAACUCUCUCAGCGCAGUUUGACAGCCCUGAACGCCCAGCCAAAGAUGAAACACCCCACCUCACACUCACCAGGCAGCCGCAGCAUCCGCCAGCUCAGCAUCAGCAUCUGAGGCAAAAAAGUUGGACUCAGAAGAUCCUGAAAUCCUCUUCUUCCUCCUUGUCGUCAUCUUCCAGCCCUGAAAGCGAGGCCUGCUGCGUCAACCCCACCCUCCCCCUGGAGAAACAGAGCUGGUACCAUGGCUGUGUGACUCGGCAGGAGGCGGAGUUUCAGCUGCAGUCCUGUAAAGAAGCCAGCUUCCUGGUGAGGAACAGCGAAUCGGACAACAGCAAGUACUCCAUCGCCCUCAAAACAAGCCAGGGCUGUGUUCACAUCAUCGUAGCUCAGACCAAAGAGAACGGCUUCACCCUGGACCAGAGCAGCUGUGUGUUCCCCAGCAUCCCAGAGGUGGUGCACCACUACUGCACUCAGCGCCUGCCUUUCAACGGCGCCGAGCACAUGACGCUGCUGCACCCUGUGCCUCGCAUCUACUGACUCCACCCCAGCUCCGUCCUAGUGUACUAAACAAACACACACCUCUGGGUCUGCACAGAUGCGUAUAUCACCAGUACUGAUUAAAUAACCUCAGUGUGUGCUACGCUUAUACGACGACGAACUGUGCCAUUUUCAGCAGCUUUUUUUUAAUUAUUAUUAUUAUUAUGUGUUCCUGGGAUCCAAAGUUAUGUCGUAUCUUUGUUUUUAUUCAUCAUUAAGAGUCGUUUGCAGCUCAUUCUGAGUUUUGGGAGCGCUUGGAUUGUUUUCUUUAUUUUGACUUGAUGCAAAAUAUCUCGACUUGCUGUUUUACAUGUGAAUGUGGGGGAAGCUCAUCUUUAGGCACUUUUAACGAUUAAAUGUGACUUCUUUUGGAUUUGGAAUGCAACUCACAUGCAGUUUUGGUAUUAUGGAUAUCCAAAGUGACUCUAAAGCUUACUCUAUAUGUGUUUUUUUUUAAUUGUUUAUUUUUUAUU